UCAGAUUUACAAUAUUACAAUUAACCGUCAUUAGCCCUCAUCUUCCAAGCUGUUUCUGCUCAUCAUCUAGUCUUUUUUCCUGUUCUCUUUCUUCUUCUCUGUCUAUUUAUUCUUCUGGUAGCCUUUUUAAAUCACUCUAAGCAUCUCUCUCUUUACUCUCACCUGUACUUACUCUUUCCCUGAAAGUCAUUUUAGUCAUUUUUUAAUUAUCAUUCAAUUGUUAAUCCAAUAUACUUUUAUUAUUUUUGUUUAGUUUAAUCUGCAAUUAAUUCAAUUAAUUUAAAUUCAUCAAAAUGGCUGGGGCUAUGGAAAGAGCUGAUAAGCUUCCUAAAUUAAGGGAUGUCGAAAAUGAAAAAUUAUACGGAUAUGUCCAAGGAGUUUCAGGUUGUGUCGUUAUUGCUGAAAAAAUGGCUGGUGCUGCUAUGUACGAAUUGGUCAGAGUUGGUCAUGAGGAAUUAGUAGGAGAAAUUAUUCGUCUUGAAACAGAUUUAGCAACCAUUCAAGUUUAUGAAGAAACAUCUGGUGUAACUGUUGGUGAUCCAGUUCUCCGAACCGGUAAACCAUUAUCUGUUGAGCUCGGACCAGGUAUUAUGGGAUCUAUUUUUGAUGGUAUUCAAAGGCCUCUCAAAGAUAUUCAUGAUCUUACCCAAAGUAUUUACAUUCCAAAGGGAGUCAAUACACCCUCUUUAAACAGAGACAUCAAAUGGGACUUUUUCCCUCAAUAUGUCAGAAUUGGUAGUCACAUUACCGGUGGUGAUGUUUAUGGUUAUGUUCAUGAAAACAGUCUAAUCAAGCACAAAUUAACACUUCCACCAAAAGCAAAGGGUACCAUCACAUUCCUCGCUGAACCAGGGACCUAUGACAUUACAGAUGUUAUCCUAGAGACCGAGUUUGAUGGUGAAAAAUCACAGUUCACUAUGAUGCAAACUUGGCCAGUUCGUCAAACCAGACCGAUUACUGAGAAACUUUCUGCUAAUCACCCUCUUCUUACUGGUCAAAGAGUACUUGACGCUUUGUUUCCUUGUGUUCAAGGAGGUACAACUGCCAUUCCAGGAGCUUUUGGUUGCGGUAAAACUGUCAUCUCACAAGCUCUUUCUAAAUAUUCCAACAGUGAUGUUAUUGUUUACGUUGGUUGCGGUGAGAGAGGUAAUGAAAUGGCUGAAGUACUUAGAGAUUUCCCUGAGUUGACAGUUGAAAUCAAUGGAGUUACUGAAUCAAUUAUGAGACGUACAACAUUGGUAGCCAAUACUUCAAACAUGCCUGUCGCAGCUCGAGAGGCUUCUAUCUAUACUGGAAUCACAUUAUCUGAAUAUUUCCGUGAUAUGGGUUACCAUGUCUCUAUGAUGGCUGAUUCAACCUCACGUUGGGCUGAAGCUUUGAGAGAAAUUUCUGGUCGUUUGGCUGAAAUGCCUGCCGAUUCUGGUUAUCCCGCUUAUCUUAGUGCAAGAUUAGCCUCUUUCUACGAAAGAGCUGGAAGAGUAAAAUGUUUAGGUAAUCCAGAAAGAGAAGGAAGUGUAACCAUUGUAGGUGCUGUAUCACCACCCGGUGGUGACUUCUCCGAUCCCGUAACCUCAGCUACUCUGGGUAUUGUUCAAGUCUUCUGGGGAUUGGAUAAGAAACUUGCACAAAGAAAACAUUUUCCAUCCAUUAAUUGGAGUUUGUCUUACAGUAAAUACACUCGAGCUCUAGAUGAAUACUAUGAAAGAAAUUUCCCAGAUUUCGUACCUCUUCGUACUAAGUGUCAACAAAUUCUCCAAGAAGAAGAAGAUCUUUCAGAAAUUGUACAACUUGUUGGUAAAGCUUCACUCGCCGAAGCAGAUAAAGUCACAUUAGAGAUUGCUCGUCUUAUCAAAGACGAUUUCUUGCAACAAAACAGUUAUUCUCCUUAUGAUAGAUUUUGUCCUUUCUGGAAAACAUGUGGUAUGUUGAAAAACAUUAUUUCAUUUUAUGACUUGGCAAAACACGCUAUCGAAGCUACCGCUCAAAGUGAGAAUCGUAUAACAUGGUCAAUAAUUCGUGAAGCUCUUGGUUCAACUAUGUAUGAUUUAAGCUCAAUGAAAUUCAAGGACCCAGUUAAAGAUGGUGAAACCAAGAUUCGCCGCGAAUUCGAUGAACUCGCAGAAACAAUGCAACAAGCUUUCCGAAGUCUUGAAGAUUAAAUCUAAACCCAGUCAACUUAAGUUCUACAUGUAUUUGAUGGAAAGAAAACAGAAUCACGUUGAAAAAUUAUCAUCAAAGGAGAACAAAUAUUUAAACCAAAAAAUAGCCUUGUUGUCAUUGUUUUCAGUUUUACUUUGUGUGCACCUAAAGAAAAAAAUGAUUGAUUGACUGAGCAAUAAUGGAAUGAAAUCAUGUUUUUGUGUUUCUAACGAUAAAAUCGUUAUCGUUGAAGAAAUUUUGAAAAUCUAGUAUUAUAGACCUUCCCUUCUCUCUUCCAACUAUCCUUUUCCUUUCUUUUUUGUCACAACUCUUUAUGAAUUUCAUAUUUUAAGUCAUGGAUUUAUUGGUUAUAUAUACAUUCAAAUUCCAGAAAAAAAUCAUACAAAACACGAAUCACAAAUGCAUGGUAUAUAAAUACUAAUUAUCCAAGCCAUAAUCAAGGAAAUAAAAUGUAAUUUAAACAGAA